UAGUUUAUCCAAAAUACCAAGUUUUCCCACAGUCUCAAGGCUUCAUCCUUCACUUGCUUGCUUUUAAUUCUUUCAUCUUUUCUGACACACCCCUCUCUGUUUCUUCUCUGCUUCUUCUCUGUUUCAAAAAUGAUCAGACACAAGCACACUUACCCUCUUCUACCAUUCCUUCUUUCAAUUCUCUUCCUUUUCGACCCAACAUCUGCCAUAGAUUUUGUCUUCAACGGAUUCAACUCCUCUCACGUGUCCCUCUUUGGCAAUGCCACCAUCGAUUCACGAAUUCUUACCCUCACCCAUCACCAAACUUUCUCUAUUGGUCGUGCCCUGUUUCGUGAAAAAAUUCCCACAAAGCAACCAAAAUCUUCCUACGUGUACCCUUUUUCCACCUCUUUCAUCUUUUCCAUGGCACCUUUCAAAGACAUUCUUCCAGGGCAUGGCUUAGUUUUCAUCUUCACUCCAGUGACAGGCAUCAAUGGCACAAGUUCUGCUCAACACCUUGGUCUCUUUAACCUCACCAACAAUGGAAAUGCCAGCAACCAUGUGUUUGGUGUUGAGUUUGAUGUGUUCAUGAACCAAGAGUUUGAUGACAUCAACGCCAACCAUGUUGGGAUUGACAUAAACUCUCUCAAGUCCUAUGUUUCCCAUGAUGCUGGGUAUUGGAAAAACCAAGGUGACAAGUCUUUUCAGGAGUUGUCACUUAACAGUGGUGAAAAUUACCAAGUUUGGAUCGACUAUGAAGAUUCCUUGAUCAAUGUUACCAUGGCACCGGUGGGUAUGAAAAGGCCUAGUAGACCUUUAUUGAAUGUUUCUGUUAACUUGUCUCAAGUUUUCGAAGAUGAAAUGUUUGUUGGGUUUACUAGUGCUACUGGUCAAUUAGUAGAAAGCCACAAGAUUUUGGGUUGGAGUUUUAGCAAUAAGAAUUUUUCAUUGAGUGAUGAGCUUGUUACUAUUGGGUUACCCUCUUUUGUUCUUCCAAAAGAUUCAAUUUUUCACUCAAAGGGGUUUGUUGCAGGAUUUACAAUUGGAGUUUUUUUGGUUGUUUGUUUCUUGGUUUUGUUGGCACUGUUUUUUAUCCAAAGGAAUCGAAGGAGAGCAAGGAAGAGAGAGGAAAAGGAGGAAUGGGAAUUGGAGUAUUGGCCACACAGAAUGGCAUAUGAAGAAAUAGAGGCAGCAACAAAAAGGUUCUCUGAGGAAAAUGUGAUUGGGGUUGGUGGAAAUGGGAAGGUUUACAAGGGUGUUUUAAGAGGAGGUGUAGAGAUUGCUGUGAAGCACAUUUCUCAUGAAAAUGAUGGUAUGCGAGAAUUUCUUGCAGAAAUUUCAAGUCUUGGAAGAUUGAAGCAGAGAAAUUUGGUGGGGUUGAGAGGAUGGUGCAAAAAAGAUGUUGGGAAUUUCUUGUUAGUUUAUGACUAUAUGGAAAAUGGGAGCUUAGACAAGAGGGUAUUUGAUUGUGAUGAGAGGAAGAUGUUAAGUUAUGAAAAUAGAAUAAAGAUUAUCAAAGAUGUGGCUUUUGCGGUUUUGUAUUUGCACGAGGGGUGGGAAGCCAAAGUAGUGCAUAGGGACAUCAAGGCCAGCAAUGUCUCAUUGGAUAAGGAUAUGAAUGGAAGGCUUGGAGAUUUUGGGUUAGCCAGAAUGCAAAGCCACGGUCAAGUUGCUAGCACCACCAAAUUGGUUGGAACAGUGGGAUACAUGGCUCCUGAAGUGAUUAGGACUGGAACAGCUUCCACUCAAACAGAUGUUUACAUGUUUGGGAUCUUGAUUUUAGAGGUCAUGUGUGGAAGGAGACCUUUAGUAGAAGGUAAGCCACCUUUGGUAGAGUGGGUUUGGAACCUAAUGGUACAAGGGCAGCUUGUGUGUGCACUUGAUGAAAGACUAAGGGCUAAAGGAAAGUUUAAUGUGCAAGAAAUGGAGAGGGUACUACACUUGGGUUUGUUGUGUGCUUAUCCUGAACCAAAGGCUAGGCCAACAAUGAGACAAGUGGUGAAUGUUUUAGAGGGGAACAAUGAAGGAAAGGAAUCAGAAAUUGAGAAUAUGGAUACAUAUUUGCUUCAACAGUUGAAAUCAAGGGAUUUUUUGUCUCAGUAUUCUCAGUAUUUUAGCUUUGCAUCGCACCCUACUUUUCAAGAUAUUCGUCACUCUUCCUCAAUGUCUCUCACUUCGUCCACAUCUCUUGUUGAGGGUCGGUGAAUGAAUCCGUGUCAUUAAUGACAAAAUGGGAUUUAUUGGUUAGCUCAUGGCUGUUACAAACAUUGGAUUCUUUUGCUGGAAAUAGUUAGAUUUGGAGCUACUGGGGGCUGAGUGCGAGGCCAAAGCACAUCUAGUAUCUAGCAAAUUCAUUACCAUCUUAUCCGAUUGGUUUGGUAAAUGUGAUUUUUUUACACUUUGAAAUCCAAUUUCAUAGUAAUGAAUUUUUUAUUGUACAGCAUUUACCAUAUUAGCAUGAAUGGUAAUAACGAUAAAUUUCAAUGUUAACACUCAUAAGUGUUUUUGAUAAAAUAUGCUUGAUUGCCUCUAUUGUGUAAGUUUCUCUACUUUGACACAGAUCUAGGCCAAACCAAAAUAAAUCAUGCUUUUAUAAUUCAUGACACCAUUAUAUAAGGAAUCCACCUGUUAAUUUUCAAACUUCCAUCAUUAAAACAUUUUGGCUUUUUGGUUAACGUAAGUAAACAAUAUUAGCACAUUGAUUUUUUCCACCAUAUAAUUAUAGUUAGGUGGGAAAUUUGGCAACAGAUGCGGAGUCUGCACCUAAUAAGCAAAGGUAUAUGACAUCACCAAGAAACCUAGUGACCAUUCAACUUGGCAUUUCCACUUGUAGGCUGAGAACUCAAAUCACAAGAAUGGAGAGAUUAGUCACUGUCAACAGGGUGGUGCUUGGUGCAUUAACUCGUCAAUAUCCAUGGUCUAGUGGUUCAAUACAACAGUAUAGUACCCUGCUAGCUGGUUCUUGGUGCAUAAUUCUGAGACAGCAGUCCACCCACAAACAAUUUGCUACUUUAUUUUCUCCUUUUUCUAAUGAAACACUAGAUCAAAAAUCAAAGAUUACACGUUUAAUGUUUUCAUGGCCCACUAUAUCAGAAGAGCAUAGUGAAACCACGGACUUAAAUUAUGAGAUGUCAAAAAUCACGCCUCAUGUUAUAGCUUGGUUUCCACCAAAUCAAGUGGAUAAGUAGUGCAGCUGCAACAUACUUAGUUUUGUGUGUUGAAUGGCCAAAAUUUCCACACAUAGUGGUCCUGUACCAGAAAAGAAUAAAUCUCUAUCUUUUUUUAUUUCCACAACUAAUAUUCUUUUUUUAUUUUGGUAAUGUAUGAUGGGGUGAUACUUCUAUGAUACUUAAAAAGACUGCUAGUGGCUGAAUUUAAACGAUUUCGUUUACAAACUCUUACAAAUCAAAUGUUUAUUGAGU